GGCUGAGACAUUCGCCUUUGCAAGCCAAAGCGCGCCAAUAGACCUUGCGUUGCAGUGAUGUAUUUUCAGUUACUUGGUGGCGGAACACGUUAACCACAAAGCGGUAGUUGAGUUUCGAUCGUCACCGCGUCAAGAUGACAGUGUCCUACGGCGUGGAAAAAUGUCCCAAAACAUUCGGCGAGUACCGUUGUUCUCUGUCUGAAGAGUAUCUGCAGAUGGCGAAGGAGCAACUCCGGGAAGAUGACACUUUGCGGGAACAGGCUCUGGAAGCCAUGCGUAAUUGGAUUGCGAAACAUCCCUACAUCAAGAAAUGUCGUACCGAUGCGCUGUUUUUGUUGCGAUUCUUGCGCCAGCGGAAGUUCUCCAUCCCACUGGCAUGUGAAACGCUGGAGCGAUACCUGGCGAUGCGACAAACGUUUCCUCAGUGGUUCCAGAACUUGAGUCCCGAGCAACCGGAUAUGCGGGAUAUUUCAGCGGAAGGAGUCUUCCAGGCUCUGGGCUUCGACGCUAAAGGACGCAUCGUGAUUAUUAUCAAAGCGCGCUACUUCAACGUGGAGAAAUAUAAUCUGAUGCAUCUGAUUCGCUACCUGCACAUGUACAUGGAAGUGUUAUCCUGCGACGAACGGAUUCAGGUGACCGGGAUUGUACUGAUUAUCGACUGUUUCGAAACGACGAUGAUGCACUUUACGCUGUUCAAUUUAAGUGACAUGAAGAACAUGAUGCCGUACAUCAACCACCUGGUGCCGGUCCGUUGCAAGGAAGUCCACGUGUUGCGGCUGCCCAAGAUGAGCGUCACGCUGGUGGAUAUUUUGUUCACAUUCGUCAGCACCAAGAUCAAGCAUCGAUUUUUCUUCCACAAAACCUUGAUCGACGCCAAAAAGCACCUGGACAAGUCGCUGCUUCCGUCGGACCUCAAUGGCACCAACGACUCCAUGGAGAUGUCGAAUGGCUUCCACAAACUGGUUCGCGAGUCGGAAGAGGAGCUCGCGUUGCUCGAUCAGAUGGAGAUCGACGUCACCAAGUACACAGCCCUGUGGAACCAGAACCAUCCGGCAGCCGGGGGCUGCGGCAAAGAGACCGAAAUCGAAAGCGGCAUGGUGGGCAGCUUCCGUAAGCUGAACAUUGAUUAGACGGCGCCAAGUUAGUCGUUAUUAGGAUUUGAGUACUUGGUUACAGGCUUGGAAGGGAAUGCUUUUGUAUAAUCCAGGCCUCUGCGUAAAAGUGAUAGUUAUGUAAGAAUGGAUGUGCGAAAUCUAGUUUGAAUGUUGAAUCUCUCGGUAAUCGGUGAAUUACGAAGAUGCAAGAAAGGCAAAAGGUGAAGAAUACACGGUUGGAUCGUUUGCAUAGUUUUAGCCAAAACUUGUUUUCUUUCAACAAAUUUACAUUUCCACCAAAAUUUUUGCAACUCUUGUUUUGGCAAUCGCUGACUGGAACCAUAAUGGUGUGAAUCACAUUUCGCAAACUUUUGUGAUUAUGCAGAAGAACAGGUUGUCUUGAAUUCGAAACUAUUGCAUUGCAGUUGGGGACAAGAAUGUAGAAUAGGUCACCAAUCGAAGUUACACCGUGCAAUUAGAGAGUUGUUCAGCCACUCACAAAUGAAACCAGUUUUUCAUACUGUCUAUUAGAAUGUAAGGAAUUCCGUGUUAUGUAUGAUAUGCUUUAGUAUUGAACAAUACAUGAGUGAAAAAUGGAGUGAAUAUUAAUAGGAACUGUCGCUACUGGUUCUGUUUUUCUCAGAAUUCAUGAACCACAUAUGUCAAUGGUAAAAAUAAAUCCGUAAUCUGUGGUAAUGGCAUGAUUUCUCAAAACUGAUAUUAUUAAAAAAGAAAAGAAAAACACAUGAAGUUUAUUGGCUAUAGAAAGGCUAUAGAAAAUUUGAACCUAAUGUCAUAAUAAACCUAUUCAGCCCUA